AAACAUCAUUCCCUAACAACCCUAACAAACACCAUUGCCUUAACAACCCUAACAAACCCCAUUGCCUUAACAACCCUAACAAACAUCAUUCCCUAACAACCCUAACACACACCAUUGCCUUAACAACCCCUAACACACAUCAUUCCCUAACAACCCUAACAAACAUCAUUCCUUAAGGCAAUACGCGGGUGAGAGUUUCCGGACCGUUUCGACGAUUAUAAUGCAGUUUGUGAAUCCUACCUUCAAAUAAAAGAGCUCCUUUGUUGAACGGAGUUGCGCUCCUUGAUUGGAAAUCUUUUGUACAUAGAAACCAUGUUCGCUUCGCUAUUUCCGCUAUAAAUAAGCAUGAUGGUUGACAACGAAAACACAUUUCCAAGACGAGGAAGAAUUAAGUCAACGCAUUUGAAGCAACGAAGCAAAUCAUUAGAUAAUUUGCAAAACUGGCGAAUGAGGAAAACAUCAGAAGAACUGACAGACACCAUACUCCUUGAACAUGACUACUGUUCCACGUGUCAACCGAGCGAGACUGCCACUGGACUAGGUGACAAUGAAUCUGUCAAUGUUGACGAAAUGAAUGUCGAUGCUGUUGCACACAGCACAAGGCAGACGAAUUGUGGAGUUGGGGUACUUAGCAGACAAAUUACAGAAGGGCUGUCAGAAGUGCCAUUCGCCUUUACAUCUACACCAGUGCGUGUUUGAACAGUUUUAUGGACUGGGAAGUUUACUGAAUAUUAUGUGUACUUGCAAACACAUUACACAUGUCCCCACCGGAAAAAGACACAAGGCUUCACUUGAUUCCAAAACGGCAAAGAUUUGGGAUGUAAACACCAAAGUUGCUUCAGGUAUGCUGCAUGCUGGGAUCGGUGUAAGGAAAGUCAACCUAAUAUUGUCAAGCUUGAACAUACCAAGCAUACAUCACACAACAUUGAAAGCCAGAGAAAGGGAAGUGGGCAUUGCUGUUGAAGUGGUGGCUAAUAAUUCUUGCCAACAAGCAAUAGACAUAGAAAUGUCUUGCAUACAAUCCAAAAGUAAUGACAAGGGACCCAAUGGAGGAAAUAUUGCAGCUUCAUUUGAUGGUGGAUGGCAAAAAAGAGGAAGUGGGCAUUCUUACAACAGUUUAUCAGGUCAUGCAACUUUUAUUGGAAAGGAAAGUGGAAAAGUGCUUGCAUAUGAUGUGAGGAACAAGCACUGUAGGUUCUGUCAACGUGCAGACACAUAUAAUCUGGAAGUAACCCCCCAUGAUUGUCGAAAAAACUGGGAUGGCAGUGCUAAAGCAAUGGAGUCAAGUAUGUGCGUUUCCAUGCUGAAAGAUCUUCAGAAAAAAGGAUCACCAGUCCAAACCAUUAUAAUGGAUAAUGACUCGACAUCGAUAGCAAAAGCUAGAUCUGAAGUAGAUGGAAGUAUCCAAAAAGUUAGCGACUUCAAUCAUACAAAAAAAGAUUUCACAAACAAAUUAUACAGUCUUCAAUCCUCGAAGAAGUACAAACUUCUAAAUAGCAAAACUAUUUGUCAUCUUGGAAAAUGCUUUGCAUAUGCAGUGAAACAGAACAAGGAAAACAAAGACAUUUUGAAAUCUAAUCUGAAGGCAAUAGUUCCCCACACGUUUGGCGAUCAUGCAAAUUGUCAGGAAUUCUGGUGUGGAUAUGUUAGAGAUCCAGAAUUAUAUGUACCAAAGCAGUUACCAUACAAACGAUAUUUAGUUGGAGAAGAGCUGCGAACAGAUUUAGACAACAUCUUUCAGAAGUAUGCCGAACAAGCUGAUAAACUGAUGCUGCUUGGUAGUUCCCAAAGGAAUGAAAAUUUCAACAAUACAGUGGCAAGUAAAAAUCCCAAGUCCUUGCAUUAUUCAUAUACAACAUAUUCAAUUUUUCUUUCAGGUCUUAGUGAUAUUGUACAGUUAUCUGCGAGGACGGGUGAGCAGACAUUCAGUCGGUAUGUGUUACCAACCAAGCCUAUAACAGAGGAGGCAACUCGCAUCACAGGCUUAGCAGUAAAAGCUGGACAUUUAUACAAGGAUGGGGUAUUGGUGGAAAGUGUGUCAUUGAAAACCUGUGUAACCGAUUUUGCUGAAUGGUUAUCAACAUUUCCAUCCCCAGUACUGGUCGCACACAAUGCAAAGUUUGAUGGAAUGGUUCUUUCUUGUGCAUUGCUUGCCAUACAAGAUUCUGUAUUAUCGAAAAUCAUAUGUGGUUUUUCAGAUACACUUGCUAUCUUCAGGAAAGAACUGUCAGGGAGAAAAUCUUACAAGCAAGAGUGUCUUGUCCUUGAUGUUUUAGGUGAAACCUGGAAUGCACAUGAUGCAUGUGAGGAUGAUAGACUGCUACAGAAACUAGUGUUGUGUGUAAAAGUCAGUGAUGAGGUAUUCAUUUGUAACAGUACGACAUUAGCAAGUAUGAAGGAUUGUGUUGUGUACAAGAGAAAAAAGGAUAAUAAUUUGCCAUCUUUCACUAUUUUGGUGGAGAGAAAGGUGAUUUCUGCUUUUAUGGCAAGCAAGAUUGCAGGAAGUGGUUUGUCAGUAAGACAUAUCCAGUUAGCCUAUAGUAGAGAUGGGAGUGAUGGCAUCAGGCAGUUAUUUGCUGAGCUACACAAUGGGAAACCAAGGAUAACAAAGUGCAUCAAAAUUGUUGAAAGUGUUUGUAGAUAUCUAGAGGGAUUGUAAAUACACAGAUAAAAAAAAUCAUGGAAUUUCCUUCUUUUUUAUGUUGUAGUUCGUGUUUUGUAAUCCAUAUGCAUUUUUGAGGAAAUUUUGCAAGGGAGGCU